AUGCUGCACAUCAACCCUGUCUUGUCGUACGCCGACUUAGAAUUACCUCUGCCAGGUCCCCGUCAGCUCUGGGAGGCGAAGUCAGCAAUAGAAUGGAAAGAAAUAUACCUCUACCUGGAACCUCUGGGCACGGAGCGCCUCCCCUCGUUGGUGGAUUUACUCCAAGAUAUGUCCCAACUAAGAGCCUUCCAAGGCCGAAUCGACACCCAUGCAGUAGCAUUUGUCUUACUGCAUGGCAUCGCCGCACUAAUCAAGGAAUACCACCGUCUAAGGUUCAUCUCCAAGGGACAUUGCAAGCACUGGAACGCACUACUUAUCAGCUCGCGUCACCAGGAACUCUGUGCUGCGCUGCAAUACUUCCGGACCGUCUGUUCCGCAUUGCAGGACCCUCCACGACCAGAAAUUGAUCUCGUUUAUGAGGCCACCUCGAUAUUCCUUUACGCGUCACUGGAAGAACUCCAGCUGUUCGCAGGUAAAGAGGACAAAAAUGAGGCUCGACGCGUGUAUCACAGUGCUCUGGAGUGGAUCAAUAGUGUUGACUCGCGGCGCGCAAUCUUGCAUGCCGGACAGACUGUCCGUGCCGCAAAAGCCAUCCCCGUGGUGUCGCUGCGUGGAUUCCUGGCUAUUACGGUCUACCAUGCGAGCCUGGAGUUUUGGUCUUACAGUGUUGUGUCCAGAACAAAAACCAAUCCUGCAAGAGCGAUGGCUAUCAGUGGUAGUAGUCCACAGGUUGUUAGAUCGCCACCUGAAAUGGUGGUAUUUCUGGAUGCGGAGGAAACACCAGACGUGCAAAAGUUCAUUUCCCUCGCAUGUGGUGAUCCAGCACUACAAGGGUUGCAGGGAACAGCUUCCUUGGUAUAGGAGGCGAGUCUGACGAUGCUCGUUAUCCAAG